ACCGCCGCCAUCCCCGCCUGCAGGCCCCCCGCCGGGCGCCGGCUUUAUAUGCGGGGCGGCGCGGGCGGCACGGCGCUCCCUGGCACCCCUAGCACUCGCACCCGGCCGCCAUGGUCGAGGCUUUCUGCGCGACGUGGAAGCUGGUGGACAGCCACAACUUCGACGAGUACAUGAAGGCGCUGGGAGUGGGGUUUGCUACACGGCAGGUGGGAAAUGUGACUAAACCGACUGUGAUUAUCAGCAGCGAGGGGGACAAAGUAGUGAUCAGGACUCAGAGCACUUUCAAAAACACAGAAAUCAGCUUUAAACUUGGAGAGGAAUUUGAUGAAACUACCCCAGAUGAUAGAAACUGCAAAUCAGUUGUGACCCUGGAUGGAGACAAGCUAGUUCACGUACAGAAGUGGGAUGGCAAAGAGACAAACUUUGUUAGAGAAAUAAAGGAUGGCAAAAUGGUAAUGACUCUUACCUUUGGUGAUGUGGUUGCUGUUCGCCACUAUGAGAAAGCGUAGUUUACCUGACCCCUGUCCAGAUGUUACUUCUGGAUGGAUUAAUGUACCGUCCAUAACUGAAAGUAGCUUAAAUGCACAUUUCUGGUAUGAAGUAUUAAUAAAGAUUUUUUGGGGGGUGUUUUUUUUUAAAAAAAAAAAAAAACAAAACUAUGCCAUCAAAUUGGCAGACUUGUGCUGUAUAGUGCAACAGGUUAAACUUUGCAUUAAAACUCUGAAACACUUGCCUUUCUUUUUUACAGUAAAUGGAACAUAUUUGAAUUGUUUUGGAAUGGAGAUUCAACAGAAAUUAAAACGUUUUUUAAACCUG